AUGAUCAAACACGACAUCAAAGACGGAUUCAAGUGGCGGAAAUACGGUCAGAAGAACAUCAAAUCGGCCUCGUUCCCGAGAAGUUACUACCGAUGCACGAAACCGGAUUGUCCAGCCAGGAAGCAAGUGGAAAACGGACUCGCGAAGUACGAAAACCAGCACAAUCACGAGAAACCGAGCUUGUUAUUGCUCAGUCAGCAGAAAAACAAGUCACAGCAGCAGAAAGAUAUCAUCGGCACACCCAACAAGGUGGAAAAGAAGAAGAGUAAAGGUAAGAAUCAACCCAUUCUCGCCCGCAUGGCAGUUGUUCGACGUCCGCCGGGAUCGAUAUCAUCUUUAGGAGGUGUGGGUGGUUGCUACAAGAAGAUUAAAGCACCGAAAGCGGCGAGGAAGUUUUACCACGACGAUGAUGAUGAUGAUGGAGGAAAUGAUGGAGGAAAUGAUCGACCGCCGCCGCACCCGCUGGUGGCGGCGUUGAGAGCGCUCUCGCCGAAACUCGCGAGAAGAGAAGAAGAAAAUAACGAGAAGAGAGAAGACGGGAAUACUAAUGAGAAUAACAAUAAUAGAGAUGAUAGUAGUAAGAAGAGAAGCGACGGAGAGAUGGCGGCGGCAAUCUUCUCCAUGGAGGAAGCGCCGUUAUCGCCGGGGUAUUGGGAUAAAGCGGAAGGCUCGUAUUUCGACGAUACCGGAAAUCCGCACGGCGGCGGGGGUGAGAACAUCAAGACUCAGGCACGGUUCGGGACGACGGCAGUUACCGGUAGCGCGACGAAGAAACAACAGCGCCCAAAGAAUAUCGAGGUGAGUACCAAUCACGGAUACUUUGGAGGAGGAGGAGGAGGUGGAAGUGGUGGGAUUACCGGAUUCUUGACCUCGCCGCGAUUGACCGGAAUAGUGAGCAACGUGUUCACCGGCGCGAAAGAUUUUUGCGAGUUUCGACAAAUGCUUUCACCGGACGAAUGCAACGAAGGGAAGAAGAAGAAGAAGAAGGAGAAGAAGCAAGUCGGUGGUACAAACGCGGCGCAGCCGUUUGAAAGUGACAACGAACGAAACGACGACGAAGGAGAAGAAGGUGAAGACGAGGAAGAGAACGAAACGAAGAAAGUCGAAGAUCCAGGUCCGCUCGUUUAUCAACAGUCCCCAAAGUGCGCAAGAAAGAAAGAACGAUUCUCAUCGGCGGCGAUGGAGGAAGAAGAAGACGUCGACGUUGUGAACAUUGACGCGACGCCUGAAAAGUUUGGCAAGAAAGAUUUCAAGGCGAUUGCAAAGUCCAGGCGAGGACUGCUACCGUUCAUUGAAGAACAAGGCAUGUUACUGGACAAGGAUGAAUCUGGAAGCGCGCUUAGCCGCGAAGAGACCGUUUUGCACGCUUUUUCCAAGAGAGAAGUGCACAACAAUCCGUUGCAGUCUCCCAAGGGCGCCAAGACAUCCUUCAAAGAUGCGAAGAAAGCGAACAAAAUUUUGUCUUGUUCAACCGCAUCUGGUGGUAAAAUUUCCAAGAAGAAAAGUAAGAAGAGUAAACUCACGUCUUCGGAGGCUUUAGCCGCCGAGACGUAUUGCGAAGCCAUCUUAAAAGGUAUGCGACACGAAGAAGCUUCCGCGAUUGCCGCGCAGAAAGUUCGCGAAAUGAACGAAAAGACCCAGCGAUUGAAAGAACUCGCGCGCGAAAGGAAGAAGGCGCGAAGCCUCGUUCCACCGUCAAUGCCGCCGCAGCAAGGGAGCGGCGCUCUUGGAAAAAACAACUCUUUCUCGAGACUGUACGAAGCAGACGUGUACGACAACAGUAAGACGAACUCGUAUCAAGUGUCUCCCGCGGUGAGUGAUCACGGAGAAGGGCAGCAACCUGCUGCCAAUAUUGCUGUCGCUCCAGCGCUAAACAAUAGCAACGUUGACACCUACACUGCUCAUGAUACUAAUAAUAAUAAUGCUAAUGGUGAUAAUAAAACUACGAACGGUGGCGGCGGCGGUGGUGGCGGUUUGUGGUCGCCAAUUUGGCAGAUGGAAAAAGCCGUCUCGCAGUUUUGCUCGAGCUAUUUCCCGAAUCUGGGCGAAGACGAUUUGAACCUCCCAGAUCCACUCGGUGACUUUGAAGCUUUAUCGCCGCCGCGACAAAAAGAAAAUGGAGGAGGACACGCAUCCGGCGGGUCUCGCAUGAUUUGGUGGACCCGAUGA